GAAGUUGAUAAGGAAGAGAAGAAACAGUUUCAAGCUCACUGAAAGCAGCUCGUCCUUUUCCAAGAAAUGGCAAGAUCGAAAGCCAGAGGUGGGAGAGGGAGAGGAAUCUGAUUCUCACUGGUUUUGGGUAGUUCCUGUAAUUGAUCUUUUUGGUGGUAUGGAGUCUUUUUUCGUCAGAUGUCGAAAUCUAUGCAAAAAUUACAGCUGGAGAUUGGUUAUGGUGAUGGGAAUUAUGGCCAGUGUUGUUUUAGUAUUGCAGUCCUUCAUUUUAUUUCAUGGAAGUGAUUCAUCGUCUCUGUUUUCUACUGUUAAGUUUCCGGUGCUUGUAAUGAGAAGCUUUGGAGGUGAGGAUUCUCUUCCCAAAUCUAUGAGGGUCGGUGAGCUUUCCCUUUUGAGCGAUUUGGUAGUUCUUGGAGCAGGUAAAAACUUUGAGAGUUCUAAAAUUGGGGGAGAAAUUGAAGGCGGUAAUGAUGUGAAGGAAAAGGAGAGAGACUCGGAUGACGAUUUUGUGUUGGAGAAGGAAAGAGAGCCAGAUGGUGAUUCUCUGUUGAAGAAGGAUAGAGACCCAGAUGAUGGUUUUGCGUUGGAGAAGGAUAUAAACCCAGAUGAUGAUUUUGUACUGAAAAAGGACAGAGACCUGGACUCUGAGUUUUCAAUAGAGAAGGAUGAAGACCCAGAUGAUGAUUCUGCAGUGAACGUGGAUCAAGACCCAGAUGAUGGAUUUUUGGUUGAGAAUGUUGUAGACCCAGGUCAUGAUUUCGUGUUAGAGGUGGUCACAAACCAAGAUGAAGGUUUUACACUUGAAAAGGCUGGAGACCCAGAAAAUGAGUCUUCAGUAGAGAAUGUUGGAAAACUGGGUGAGGAUUUUGCAUUAUCUAAUGUUGGAAAGUCGGGUUCUGUUUUCACAUUGGAUACAAACAGGUCAGUACUACAAAAGCCGGAUGCAAAUUCGAGUGAGCUUGCAAAACCUGUUCCCUCAAAUGUAUCUUUUAUGGACAAACAAGGGACAAAAAUGCUUUCCAAAAGUGAAAAUAUGGGGCCAUUGCAAAGGAGUUCUGUCAGUACAAAUGAUAAUUCUACAAUAGCUAUCAUUCCUAUAAUGAAGAAGAAGCAGGGGAUUUCUUUGUUAAACAUAUCUGAGAUGAACUGUUUAUUGCUUCGGAGGCGAGUUUCUUCACAUCCAAUGAAACCAAGGUGGUCUUCUGUACGUGAUCGGGAGCUUUUAUCUGCAAAGAAACAGAUUGAGAAUGCUCCCAUUUUGAAGGAUGAUCGUGAACUCCAUGCUCCUGCUUUUCGGAAUAUUUCCAUGUUUAAAAGGAGCUUUGAAUUGAUGGAACGCAUUCUCAAGGUCUACAUCUACAAGGAAGGAGAAAAACCCAUCUUCCACAAGCCAUUGCUCAAAGGAAUUUAUGCCUCUGAGGGAUGGUUUAUGAAACUGAUGGAAGGAAACAAGCACUAUGUUGUGAAGGACCCCCGAAAAGCCCACCUGUUUUACUUGCCUUUUAGUUCACGAUUGCUACAGUUUGCUUUAUAUGUACCCAGGUCUCACGAUCAUAAGAACCUAGUAGCAUACUUGAAGAAUUAUGUGGACAAGAUUGCUGUAAAAUAUCCCUUCUGGAACAGAACUGGUGGUGCAGAUCAUUUUCUUGUGGCUUGCCAUGACUGGGCGCCAGAUGAAACAAGGCACAAUAUGGAGCGUUCUGUCAGAGCCCUCUGCAAUGCCGAUCUCUCCAAAGGCUUCAAGUUAGGCAGAGAUGUGUCACUUCCGGAAACAUACGUGCGUUCUGGACAAAACCCUCUUCGAGACCUCGGAGGUGAACCACCUUCCAAGAGGACAACUCUGGCGUUCUAUGCUGGAAAUAUGCAUGGUCGGCUCCGUACAAUCCUACUCAAGUACUGGGAGAACAAAGACCCCAACAUGAAAAUCAUCGGCCCGAUGCUUCCUGGGGUCGAGAGUAAGAUGACAUACAUCCGUCACAUGAAGACCAGCAAAUAUUGCAUCUGCCCGAGAGGCCACGGAGUUAACAGCCCACGAGUGGUCGAGGCCAUCUUCUAUGAAUGCGUCCCUGUGAUCAUAUCUGACAACUACGUGCCUCCAUUCUUUGAGGUUUUGGAUUGGGAAGUGUUCGCGGUAUUUGUAGUGGAGAAAGAUAUUCCCAUGUUGAAGGACAUACUCGCAUCAAUCCCCGAGAAGAGGUAUCUGACCAUGCAAACAGCAGUGAAGAAAGUACAACAGCAUUUUCUAUGGCACAGUAAGCCUGUGAAGUAUGACAUCUUUCACAUGAUUCUUCACUCAAUUUGGUUGAAUAGGUUGCAUCAGAUAAGAAUCUGAAGAAGGAAACUAUGCAGUGCUGCUGAGCCUCAGCAAAGAUAUGGUCCACCAAGGCAUGGGAUUCCUUACAUGUGGGACCCAUGGCUCGGUGAUCUAGACAGUUGUUCUGAUGGGCCAAAUGAUGGAUGUUGGUUGCCUCAAAAGUCACCCAGCUCCAUAGAUUUACAUUCCUUGAUCAUCAGCCUAUUUUCCAUUGGAAUUGGACCGUUGUUGUAGGUCUAUGCAGGAUGCUUGGGAUCUUCUAAUCUGGGAGAUUUUUCAUGGUGUCCCUAUCCGACUGAUGGUGGGACAUAUCAGAUCAACAGCCAAGAUUAGUAAAGCAUGGGCACCAUGUUUAUGGAAUCAGGUUCAAUGAAGGUGGGGAGACAGGCUGUCCAAAGAGAAGAGCAUCAUACAUUUGGAUUUCCUUGGCUUUGUAUUAUCAAACUCAAACACUCAUAGCAUGCAAGCUGUUGAAAGAAGCCAAGGAAAAAGAAGAAGAGAGAAUCGGCACUGUGAGACUUCUAAAUGGACAAAAAAAGGAGGUAAUGGAUCAAUGUUCCCAUUUUGAAUAAUCAUUGCUUUUUCUUUGGGUAUUUUUGAUACCACCUAUUCCAUAGAAAUCAGUGGAAAUGGAAAAGGUUUUUCAUUGA